UUCUUGAUCAAAGUGAAAAUGGUAAAGUGAGAAUAUUAUUAUCCACACACCCACACACCCAAUAACACAACAUAAACAUAAAACCCUAGUUCCUACCAGUGAAUCAAAUCACAAAAACUAAGGUCCUGUUUUCUUUGUCCCAUUCCCAGAAACUCCAUCCUCAACUUUUGCUUUCGCUGUUUCCGAUCUUUCUUGCAGAAUUGACCAUGGCGGAUGACAGCUUUGCCAACGGCGUUGAGGAGGAAUCAACCUCGAAGCUGGAGCGCGAGAGGGACGAGCUGGUGGCGGAGAAUGUUGCCAAGAAGGAGCAGAUCAAGAAGCUGACUGCCGAGCUCGAGGAGUCUCGGAAGAUGACGGAUGUUAUCGCCGCCAGAGCGUCGGAUCUCGAGACGGAGUUGUCCAGGCUUCAGCAUGAUAUGGGGUCGGAGAUGAGUGCCGGCGAGGACGCGAGGGCUAAGGUUGCUGAGCUGACCAAGGCUGUGGGAGAUAAGGAGUCUAGGAUUGGGGUUUUGGAGAAGGAAGUGGAAGGGUUGAAGAAGGUGAAGGAAGAGAAUGAGUUUUUGGUGAAAGAGGUGGGUGAGUUGAAGAAGGUGGCGGGAGAGAAUGAACUGAAGGUGAGAGAUUUUGAGAGGAAAAUUGGGGAUUUAGAGAGAAAAAUCGGUGUUUUUGAGACGAAGGAAGUCGAGGAAAGGAAUAAGAGGAUUAGGGUUGAGGAGGAGGUGAGGGAUAAGAUUGAUUACCAGGAUAAGGAGAUUAAUUUAUACAAGCAGAAAGUUAAGGAGUUGGAGAAGGCUGCUGCUGAGAAGAAAUCUGAGUUGGAGAAGGCACUUAGAGAAUCCGAGGAGAAAGUCACGAGCUUGGAAUCGGAUGUUAUUCUGUUGCGCGAGGAAGCAGGGGAAGCUGAGAAGGUAAUCAGAUUGCUGAGUGAGAAGGCAGGGGAAGCUGAGAAGGUGAUCAGAUCGCUGAAUGAGAAGACGGUUGAGACCGUCAGGUCGGGUGUGAAUGGUAUACAUGGAGAUGAAGGGAAGGGGUUGAACUUGCAGUGGCCAGUGGUGGCAGGGUCUACAGGAGCUGUUGUUGUAGCUGCUGCUGCGAUCUAUGUAUGUUGUGCAAAACGUAGGUAACUUUCUGUGAUCAGAGAGUAGCUGGGGAAGGAUGGGGAUUUGAAUGGGGUGUUGUAGAGGUUUAGAUUUACUGAGUCUUUUAGUUAAGAAUAUGCUUCAAUUUUGUUGGUCAUAAAAUAAUGCUUCUAUGGCUUUUGUUUUUCAAGCCUGUGAAUUUUGAUUCAUGUCAAUGUUGGCAUGACAUACUGGUUUGGUUGUUAGUUGUUUUUUAUGAGAAUCAAAACAUUGUGUGUUGGAACAA